GGCUCACAAUCUUGUCACUGACACUGUCUCGACGGUGGCCAACAGCGGCCUCAAUGUUAACCAGAAUGGUCAUCAACGUUUACUUCUUUACUCCACUGCUGGUCGGGCUUUGUUAUGCGUCUCUACAGCCAGCUGUCAAGCACAACACAGAGAAGACCGAAAUAACCCUGUCUUUUCCCUAUGUGGCUGGUGUUGAUACGAUUGACCUCUCGUAUACACUCCAUCUUCUGAAACAACAUGUUCAGGCUUCUCACUUGACCAACAGCGUCAGACUGCAUAAACAAGGUGAUGGAUAUUUCACCUACCGGAUUCAAAGCAAGAGCGCAUUCACUGACAAUGAUGUGUUGGGCUAUUCGGUUAAGUAUUUAUCUGCCACUGGAGAUGUUAUUGGUCAACUUAAUGAUGUGUACAUCAUCCCAGGUAUGUACACCCAUGGUUCAUAG